GAGGCUGCGGCGCCGUAGGGCGAUGAGGCCACGCCGGCCGCGGCCAACAAAAGGCGGCGGCGGGCGGGGAGCGGUCAGGAACCGGCAGCGCGGCGGAGCGGGCGCCCAGACUAGGUCACCAUGUCAGCCAAGGCCAUCUCUGAGCAGACAGGGAAGGAGUUCCUGUACAAGUACAUCUGCACCUCCUCUGCCAUCCAGAACCGCUUCAAGUAUGCCAGGGUGAGGCCUGGCACCGACUGGGCACAGCUCACCCAGGAGCACCCCUGGCUGCUCAGCGAGCGCCUGGUGGUGAAGCCAGACCAGCUGAUCAAGAGGCGUGGGAAGCUUGGCCUGGUGGGGAUCAACCUGAGCCUGGAGCAGGUGAAGGCUUGGCUCAAGCAGCGCCUGGGCCAGGAGACCACGAUUGCCAACGCCAAGGGGAUCCUGAAGAACUUCCUGAUCGAGCCCUUCGUGCCCCACAAGCAGGAGGAGGAGUUCUAUGUCUGCAUCUACGCCGCCCGGGAGGGAGACUUUGUGCUCUUCCACCACCAGGGGGGAGUGGACGUGGGGGACGUGGAUGCCAAGGCUCAGAAGCUGCUUGUGGCAGUGGAUGAGAAGCUCAGUGAGGCAGAUGUGAAGAAGCAUCUCCUGCAGCAUGCCCCAGCAGACAAGAGAGACAUCCUGGCCAGCUUCAUCUGUGGCCUCUUCAACCUCUAUGAGGAUUUGUACUUCACCUACCUGGAGAUCAAUCCCUUAGUGGUGACUGCUGCUGGGGUCUACAUCCUGGACCUGGCUGCCAAGAUCGAUGCCACUGCUGACUACAUCUGCAAAGUGAAGUGGGGGGAUGUGGAGUUCCCUCCCCCCUUUGGCAGAGAGGCUUACCCAGAGGAGGCCUACAUUGCUGACCUGGAUGCCAAGAGUGGAGCCAGCCUGAAGCUGACCAUUCUGAACCCCAAGGGCAGGAUCUGGACCAUGGUGGCUGGUGGUGGUGCCUCAGUGGUGUACAGUGACACCAUCUGUGACCUGGGGGGGGUGAAUGAGUUGGCCAACUAUGGGGAGUACUCAGGAGCCCCAAGUGAGCAGCAGACCUAUGACUAUGCCAAGACCAUCCUGUCCCUGAUGACCAGAGAGAAGCACCCUGAGGGGAAGAUCCUGAUCAUCGGGGGCAGCAUUGCCAACUUCACCAACGUGGCAGCGACCUUCAAGGGCAUCGUGAGGGCCAUCAAGGACUACCAGGGGCCCCUGCAGGAGCACGAGGUGAGGAUCUUCGUGCGCAGGGGGGGCCCCAACUACCAGGAGGGGCUGCGAGUGAUGGGGGAAGUUGGCAAGACCACCGGCAUCCCCAUCCACGUCUUUGGCACCGAGACUCACAUGACUGCCAUCGUGGGCAUGGCCCUGGGGCACAGACCCAUCCCCAACCAGCCCCCAGCUGCGGCCCACACUGCCAACUUCCUGCUCAACGCCAGCGGCAGCCCCUCGACCCCAGCCCCCAGCAGGACAGCCUCCUUCUCAGAGUCCAAGGCAGAUGACAGUGCUCCAGCCAAGAAGGCCAAGCCAGCAGCACCUCUGGGUGAGUCCAGCUCUGAGGGUGCCCUGCUGGCUGUGCCCCGGGCAGGCAAGGCCACGACGCUGUUCAGCCGCCACACCAAGGCCAUCAUCUGGGGCAUGCAGACCAGGGCUGUGCAGGGCAUGCUGGACUUUGACUACAUCUGCUCCAGGGAUGAGCCCUCUGUGGCUGCCAUGGUGUACCCCUUCACGGGUGACCACAGGCAGAAGUUCUACUGGGGGCACAAGGAGAUCCUGCUGCCAGUGUACAAGAGCAUGGCAGAUGCCAUGAGGAAGCACCCAGAGGUGGAUGUGCUGAUCAACUUCGCCUCGCUGCGCUCCGCCUACGACAGCACCCUGGAGACCCUGAACUACCCACAGAUCCGCACCAUCGCCAUCAUCGCCGAGGGCAUCCCCGAGGCGCUGACCAGGAAGCUGAUCAAGGCAGCUGACAGGAAGGGAGUCACCAUCAUUGGGCCUGCAACUGUUGGUGGCAUCAAGCCAGGCUGCUUCAAGAUAGGCAACACUGGGGGCAUGCUGGACAACAUCCUGGCCUCCAAGCUGUACCGGCCGGGCAGCGUGGCCUACGUCUCGCGCUCGGGGGGCAUGUCCAACGAGCUCAACAACAUCAUCUCCAGGACCACCGACGGCGUCUACGAGGGGGUGGCCAUUGGGGGAGACAGGUACCCUGGCUCCACCUUCAUGGACCACGUCCUGCGCUACCAGGACACGCCGGGGGUGAAGAUGAUUGUGGUGCUGGGAGAGAUUGGGGGCACAGAGGAGUACAAGAUCUGCAGGGGCAUCAAGGAGGGUCGCAUCACCAAGCCCGUGGUGUGCUGGUGCAUCGGGACCUGCGCCACCAUGUUCUCCUCAGAGGUGCAGUUUGGCCACGCAGGAGCUUGUGCCAACCAGGCCUCGGAGACCGCAGUGGCGAAGAACAAAGCCCUGCAGGAGGCCGGGGUGUUCGUGCCCAGGAGCUUCGACGAGCUGGGGGAGGUCAUCCAGUCUGUCUACCAGGACCUCGUGGCCAGGAGGGUGAUUGAGCCAGCUGAGGAAGUGCCUCCUCCAACAGUGCCAAUGGAUUACUCCUGGGCCAGGGAGCUGGGCCUGAUCCGGAAGCCUGCGUCCUUCAUGACCAGCAUCUGCGACGAGCGGGGCCAGGAGCUCAUCUAUGCUGGCAUGCCCAUCACAGAGGUCUUCAAGGAGGAGAUGGGCAUUGGAGGGGUCCUGGGCCUGCUCUGGUUCCAGAGGAGGCUGCCCAGGUACGCCUGCCAGUUCAUCGAGAUGUGCCUGAUGGUGACCGCGGACCACGGCCCCGCGGUGUCCGGCGCCCACAACACCAUCGUCUGCGCCCGCGCCGGCAAGGACCUGGUCUCCAGCCUCACCUCCGGGCUGCUCACCAUCGGUGAUCGCUUCGGGGGAGCCCUGGAUGCUGCAGCCAAGAUGUUCAGCAAGGCCUUUGACAGUGGCAUCAUCCCCAUGGAGUUUGUCAACAAGAUGAAGAAAGAAGGGAAGCUGAUCAUGGGCAUUGGCCACAGGGUCAAAUCAAUCAACAACCCAGACAUGAGGGUGCAGAUCCUCAAGGACUAUGUGAAGCAGCACUUCCCUGCCACCCCCCUGCUGGACUAUGCCCUGGAAGUGGAGAAGAUCACAACCUCCAAGAAGCCCAACCUGAUCCUGAACGUGGAUGGCUUCAUCGGCGUCGCCUUCGUGGACGUGCUGCGGAGCUGUGGCUCCUUCACUCGGGAAGAGGCAGAUGAGUACAUUGACAUAGGGGCCCUGAAUGGCAUCUUUGUGCUGGGCAGGAGCAUGGGCUUCAUUGGACAUUACCUGGACCAGAAGAGGCUGAAGCAGGGUCUGUACAGGCACCCCUGGGAUGACAUCUCCUACGUCCUACCUGAGCACAUGACCAUGUGAGAGCCUCAGGGCUGCCUCAGUGCCACUGCAAGAUGCCAGCAGCCUGCCCAGAGCACAGCCACAGAUGGGACUUGGAUGUGUAGAGGCCAUUGCCACCUGGCCAGGCUCUGCAGAGCCACUCUCUGCUAAGGAUAGAAACUUAACCCUGACCCAAGCAAGCCCCUGGGCUGCCCCAGCUGCUCCCUGCUCUCUCUAACACUCUUGGCCCCUUUUAGGUUUUUCUACCUUUGGUUCAGAAUUUGUUUCCAGACUAAAACAAAACAGAAGGAAGUUUUUCAGGGUUGUGGGGAGGGAGCUGUGCUCACAGGUGCAGCCUUACAGGACCAAUGCCCAGCUGUAAGCCCUGCUGAGGGAGGGAAGGUCUUCAGCAUUCCCACAGCCCCCCCCUUGGGCCUUUGUUUUUCUUUGUGGUGUUUCUCAUUUCUGUUUCCUCUGUUCUCAUCUCCACUCUGCUUGGCCCCCCCCCGGGACCACUGCUGCUCUGUAACCAAUCUUCCUCCACCUCUGCAGUCGUAAUUUAAAGUGUAAAGUUGUGCCAGACCUGCUGGUCCAGCUCUGACCCUUCCCCUCUCUGUAUUUAUGCAAACUUCUCCUCUCUGCUGCCAGCUGCCUGGGCUCUGCUCUCUGCUGCUAGCUGCAGGUGCAGAAAUAAUCUCAGUAACCUCCUCCGUGUCCUCCCUGUCUGUGUCUCGUAACCAAGCUCCA